AUGCCAACUUGUGUAACUUUUGUUUGUGUGUGUGGUAGUAAGUUAAAUUCAAGACAAGCAAAAUAUAGGCAUUUGAAGAAAUGUUCUUAUUUUGAUAGAGCAAGACAAUUUAUUCGAAUUACCAUUCCCCAAACAACUCUAUGUAAAAUAAUUGAUCCACAAGUUUCGAAUAAUAUUGCCACAUUCGAUUCUGAUAAACCUGAUCCACAUGAAGCAGCAUAUAUGAAGAUGGGAAGAGCUGUUGUUGGUGUUAUUAAAGACCUCCCAAUUACCUCGCCUAUCAGGAAGCCAUUGAUAGCCAAAAUUUGCAAAACGGUUAGACCAAAGGAUGCCAGAGAAAUCUUGAAUUUGGAUGAAUCAACAAUCAGGAAAGCCAAGAAGAACAAUGAUAAUUCUAUCCUCAUGAUGAAAUGUAAGCCUAAUUGUACAAGAGAGAAAAUUACCAAGAAAGAAAUUGAUCAGAUUCAAAGAUUCUGGCUUGAUUCGUGUCGUGUUUCAUCUACAGAAGUUCUACAAACAACAAGAAAGAGAGGUGAAACACCUGCCAUUACUGUUCCAAAAUAUUGGCAAGAUCAACCUACAUGUUGGAUCUAUAAACAAUAUGUUGAUUAUUGUGAGGAGAGAGUGUUGGUACAAUUUUCAGUUGGUACGUUUGUCAAGUAUAAGCCAAAGAAUAUUAGACCAUCCAAAAAGUUGGAAGGAGUAUGUCCAAUUUGUAAAGAUUUCAAUCAGAAUGGCGAGAAGUACCAACAAGCUUCUGAAUUAUUACAUCAUGUAAGAAUUAAUCCAGACUGUGAGUGUGAGAAGUGUCAACAUUUUGCUAAUUGCUCCAAGACAGAAUUAUUAGCACUUCAAAAGAAAUAUGAUAAAUACUUACUGCAUGAUAAGCUGGUCAAAGAUAAGGAUCAAUAUUGGAAAAAGGUAAAGGCCGAACUAAAAGAAGAUGAACUCAUCGUUGUGAUGGAUUUUGCCAGUGGUUGGGAGGUUGUUGAUAAAGCCGUAGAGACUACCAAUGAAUUCUUUGAAAAGUUUUACAUCAAGGAUAUGAUUGUAGUGGUAAUCAGAAAAUUGGGAGAUGAAUUCGAAUAUUAUUACAUUGAUAUUCUAAAUGACAAUCAUAAUUCAGAUCAUCAUUAUGUAAGAGAAUCAUGGGAGUAUUUGUUAUCUAAUGAGGAGAUAUUUGCUGGUAAAUCAAAACUAUUCCUGUUUUCAGAUGGUGGCCCUGCUCAUUACAAGACCUGUAAAACGGUUGUUAUGGUUGGCGAAAUGUCUCGUAAAUUUGGUAUUCCUAUUGAGUAUAACUUCUUCCCAUCACAUCAUGGAAAAGGACCUUGUGAUGCACACACUGGAGUAGGUAAGAAGUUUAUCAAAAACAAAGUACAAAGUAGACAAAUUGAAGUGCAAACUCUUGAUGAUAUUCAACAAUUAUUACAACAGCUCAAGAAUACAAAAGUCAUUCAUCUGGAGGACAUUGAAACAUUUGAUGAUUAUAACGUGCAAAAGGUUGCUAAUGUUAGAUCAUUCCAUCAAUAUACUUACGAAUUUGAUUCUGAAGGUGAAAUGGAUCUGCUUUGCAAGAUAUCUUAUGAAGAUGAGCAUAUAGAAGUCAAAUCAGCAAUAUUGUUAUCAAAUUGUGGUGUGCAACUACAAGCAAAUCAUUGUCUAUUCUGUAGAGAGGAGGGGCAUAAUCACAGAGUGUGUGAUUUGAUGGCAGAAGAAUAUUUAAAAGAAGAUUUUGAUCCUUCUUAUUACGAUUUCCUCUCGCGAGAGAAUGAUUAUCUUCCAGAUAGAGAGGAGGACGAAGAUGAAGAGGAAUAUUCAUCCAGUGAUGAUGGUGAAGAUGAUACAGACAACGUUAGUGAAAUUAGUAUUGAAGUUGAACCUACCAGAGAAAAAAGAAACAACCGUGGCAACAGAUGUGCCUCAUUUUCUAUUAAAUAAACAAUAAAACAGG